AUGCCUCCUUGGCGCUUAUACUUUACUUACGUUUCCAUAACUAUUGGUAGUUCUUUCGUAUUCGGUUAUCAUACAGGAGUUAUCAACGCACCAUUAUCGCUCAUCCAAAAUUUUACGCAGAAAGUUAUUGAUGAAAGACGAUACACAUGUGGCUCUUCAUGCGUGAGAGUGAUUUUGUCAAUAUGCGUAACGGGAUUCGUUAUCGGCGGGUUAUUUGGGGGCCUGUUUGGUGGAGUUUUAGCUAACAGACUUGGUCGAAGAAAAACAUUGUUUCUUCUUUCCAUUCCAACAAUUUUAGGAUCUGUACUCAUCAUGGUUUCGGUGUGCUUGAGAUCAUUCGAGGCUAUCAUAUUCGGAAGGUUUAUAGUUGGUCUUUCUGCAGGUGCUUAUACAGUUGUAACACCUACAUACCUUUCGGAGAUUGCUCCAGUAAAGUCACGUGGUGCGGCAGGGGUUAUGAAUCAAUUUGUUACAGUGCUGGCCAUUCUUUUAUCACAGGUCCUAGGUCUGUCUCAAGUAAUGGGGACGGAUAAAUUCUGGCCAUUCUUGUUGGGUCUUUGUGCUCCUGUUUGUCUUUUGCAUGUGAUACUCAUGACCUUUUGUCCUGAAAGUCCUAGCUACUUGUAUUUAGUAAAGGGAGACAAAGAUGCUGCAAAACAUGCUCUUUUGUUACUAAGAGGUAAGAAUUAUGAUGUCUUUAUGGAGCUUGACUCAUUUCAACGAGACCCGGAAUAUAACACUAAACAAUACUUUGGAAUGGGUAACUUAUUUCGAGUUCAACAUCUCCGAUGGGGUUUAUUUGUUGCCCUUAUUCCACAUUUCGGGCAGCAACUCUCAGGAAUCAAUGGUGUUUUGUAUUACUCUGUUCCACUAUUCGAAAGUGUUGGCCUAACCAACAGAGACGCAAGUUUUGUCAAUCUUGGGGUUGGAACAGUUAUUGUGUUAGGAACAAUUAUGUCAAUAUGUGUUAUUGACAGAGGAGGCAGACGAAUGCUAUUACUCGUUGGAUUUUCAGUAUGCUUAGUCAGUUUAAUUACAUUCACAACAGUUUUGUCAGUUCAGAAGUUCAGUCAUACAUCUUGGUUAACCUACAUUUCUAUUCUUGUAUUAUACCUAUUUGUUUCAGGAUUCUCCUUUGGCCCAGGCUCUGUUCCUUGGUUCCUCGUGGCUGAACUAUUCACUCAAGAAUAUAGAGAUGCUGCACAAAGUGUGGCUGUGGGUACAAAUUGGUUGUGUAAUAUUCUGGUUGGACUUCUUUUCCCUCAACUACUCGCGCUUAUAGAUUGUUUUGCCUUUGUACCAUUUAUUUGUGUGCUCAUAAUAGUGAUUAUUCUAAUUGCUUUAUAUUUACCGGAAACAAAAGGAUUCAAUCCAGUUUAUAUUGAAUCAGUUUUCAAAGCUCAGUGUAAACAUUCAACUCUUAUGCCGAUAAAACGAUUUUAA